CUCCAUGUUCUGCGUCUGUCUCUCUUCUCCGUCACGUGACCAUCUCUCGUUCUCUCCGUGCGCGCGCGUGCGCGCGUGUCUUUCCUCUCUGCCGGAGCAUCAUCAUCAUCAUCAUCAUCCGACUUCACCUUUUACCUCCUCCCGGGAGCGGACCGAGAAGCACCUCGUAGGUGAGGACAUCCGCGCGGUCAUUUGUGUGUGCGCGCGCGUGCGCGUGUGAGUGUGUGGAGCGGCUCUAUUUGCCGCGUUAGCCACCCACCGAGCACCGCCGGGCAUCUUAGCCGCGGUGAGGCUCACCUCCGGCGGCGGCGCGCAGGACGAAGAAGGGGGUAGGGACCACAGGACGCUCGCGAGGUGGCUGGAGAGUGAUGACAAGGCACACCUGAUUUCAAGCACCCCGCACAUGCGCUUCCGACCUUGCCCCCGCUAAGUAAGGAGGACGAGGAAGAGGAGAAUCCCGAAACGACCAUGUCAUUGCGCUCUAUUAGCGGCGUGUGAGCCGCACGCACACAUUGACGCUCGGCUCCGCGGAGAGUUUCCCGCAGGGGGGCGAGAGGGCCCGAUCGAGGCCGCAAAGAUGGAGUUGGCGCUCAGCGCGGGCGACAAACGUGCUAACCUGGCGCAAGACUGAGAGGGGAACGGCAGUCGAAGAUGAGAAAAGGCGCUUGCGCGUGAGACCAGAGCACAAUCCAGGAAGCGGCGUCUUCGAUCGACAAAAGAGCGCAAUGAGGCAAGCUGCCCGGCUCUAGCCCCCCCUUCCCCCCACAAGCGUGUGUGUGCGUGUGUGUGAGCAGCAAGCGCGUGUAUGAGUGUGAUGGCCAUGUGCGUCUGGGCGGCGGCCCCUCUGCUCUUCCUGGGCCUGUGCCUGUGCAGCGUGGGGGGCCAGGCCCAAGGCGAGGUCCUGGAGUUCGGCGGCGUGUCCAGCCAGUGGGGGCGCUUCCCCGUGUGGAACGCCUGCUGCGAGAGCGUGCUGAGCUUCAGCCUGCGGACGCGCAGCCAGGAGGGCCUGCUGCUCUACCUGGACGACGAGGGCUUCUGCGACUUCCUGGAGCUCCUGCUGCUGCGCGGACACCUUCGCCUGCGCUUCUCCAUCUUCUGCGCAGAGCCCGCCGAGCUGCAGUCGGGCGUGGCGGUGAGCGACGGGCGCUGGCACGCCGUGCGCGUCAAGCGGGACUGGAAGAACACCUCGCUUGAGGUGGACGGGCGGCUGGAGGGCUGGGCGGAGGUGAAGAGCAAGCGGAGAGACAUGACUGUGUUCAGCCACACCUACGUGGGCGGGGUGACGGCGGAGCUGCGCGCGUCGCCGCUGCGCCUGACCGCGCCGUCGGUGCGCGACCACCCCGCCUUCCGCGGCUGGAUGGGGGCGGUCAGCAUCAACGGCUCGCUGGCCACGCUGGACGCCUCCGAGGGCGUGACGGUGACGGCGGCCUGCGGGCCGGACCACCGCUGCCAGAACGGAGGGGUGUGCAGCCUGGUGGACGACCGGGCCGUCUGCGACUGCUCCGACACCGGUUACCAAGGCGACGACUGCAGUGAAGAGCGCAGCGACACGCCAGGUCUGGCACACCUGAUGAUUGGCGACCAAGCACGCGAUGACUACGUGGCCACCUUCAAGGGCUCCGAGUUCUUCUGUUACGACCUGUCGCCCAACCCCAUCCAGUCGAGCAGCGACGAGAUCACGCUGUCGUUCAAGACGCUGCAGCGCAACGGGCUGAUGCUGCACACGGGCAAGUCGGCCGACUACGUCAACCUAGCGCUGAAGAACGGCGCCGUGUCGCUGGUCAUCAACCUGGGCUCGGGCGCCUUCGAGGCCCUGGUGGAGCCCGUCAACGGCAAGUUCAACGACAACGCCUGGCACGACGUCAAGGUCACCCGCAACCUGAGACAGCACUCAGGCAUUGGACACGCUAUGGUGACCAUCUCGGUGGACGGCAUCCUGACCACCACGGGCUACACCCAGGAGGACUACACCAUGCUGGGAUCCGAUGACUUCUUCUACGUGGGAGGGAGCCCCAGCACGGCUGACCUGCCAGGCUCCCCAGUCAGCAACAACUUCAUGGGCUGUUUGAAAGAGGUGGUGUACAAGAAUAACGAUGUGCGACUGGAGCUGUCUCGACUCGCUAAACAAGGAGACCCGAAGAUGAAGGUGAGCGGCGUGGUGUCCUUCAAGUGCGAGAGCGUCGCCACGCUGGAUCCCGUCACCUUCGACACGCCCGAGUCCUUCGUGGCGCUGAGCAAGUGGGCGGCCAAGAAGGCGGGCUCCAUCUCCUUCGACUUCCGGACCACCGAGCCCAACGGCCUGAUGCUCUUCAGCCACGGGAAGCCCAGGCAGAUUCAGCGCAAGGACCCCCGCACGCCGCCCACCGUCAAGGUGGAUUUCUUCGCCAUCGAGAUGCUGGACGGCCACCUUUACCUGCUGCUGGACAUGGGCUCAGGGACCACCAAGACCAAGGCCAUCGACAGGAAGGUCAAUGACGGGGAGUGGUACCACGUGGACUUCCAGAGGGACGGGCGCUCGGGGACCAUCUCAGUGAACAGCGUGCGAACGGCGUACACGGCGCCCGGCGACAGCGAGAUCCUGGACCUGGACGACACACUUUACCUCGGCGGUCUUCCCGAGGACCGCGCCGGGCUUAUCUUCCCCACAGAGGUGUGGACGGCGCUGUUGAACUACGGUUACGUGGGCUGCAUCCGCGACCUGUUCGUGGACGGCCAGAGCAAAGACAUCCGGCGGCUGGCCGAGGCCCAGCGGGCGGUGGGCGUCAAGCCCUCGUGCUCCCGCGAGCUGCCCAAGCAGUGCCUGUCCAACCCGUGCCAGCACAACGGCGUCUGCCGGGAGGGCUGGAACCGCUACGUCUGCGACUGCUCGGGCACCGGAUACCUGGGACGCUCCUGCGAGCGAGACGCGACCAUCCUGUCGUACGACGGCAGCAAGUUUAUGAAGGUGCAGCUGCCCAUGGCCAUGCACACGGAGGCGGAGGACGUGUCGCUGCGCUUCCGCUCCCAGAGGGCCUACGGCGUUCUCAUGGCGACCACGUCCCGCAACUCUGCCGACACCCUGCGGCUGGAGCUGGACGGCGGCCGCGUGCGCCUCACUGUCAACUUAGACUGUAUCAGGAUAAACUGUACCGCCAGUAAAGGCCCAGAGACCAUCUUUGCGGGCUCGGGUCUCAAUGAUAAUGAGUGGCACACGGUGCGGGUGGUCCGGCGCGGAAAGGGCCUCAAGCUCACCGUGGACGACCUGCAGCCCGUCGAAGGUCAAAUGGCGGGCGACCACACGCAGCUGGAGUUCCACAACGUGGAGACGGGCAUCGUGACGGAGAAGCGCUUCAUGCCGGCCGUGCCGUCCAAUUUCAUCGGGCACCUGCAGGGCCUGGCGCUCAACGGCAUGCCCUACAUCGACCUGUGCAAGAACGGCGACAUCGACUACUGCGAACUCAACGCCGUCAUCGGCUACAAGAGCAUCGUCGCCGACCCGGUCACCUUCCGGUCGCGCUCCAGCUUCGUCACGCUGCCCACGCUGCAGGCCUACUACUCCAUGCACCUCUUCAUGCAGUUCAAGACCACCUCGCCCGACGGGUUGGUCCUCUUCAACCGCGGCGACGGCAACGACUUCAUCGUGGUGGAGCUGGUUAAAGGAUACCUUCACUACAUUUCCGACCUGGGCAACGGGGCCCACCUGAUCAAGGGCAACUCCAACAGCCCCCUCAACGACAACCACUGGCACAACGUGCACAUCUCCCGAGACACCAACAACCUCCACACGGUCAAGAUCGACACCAAAGUCACCACGCAGACCACCAUGGGCGCCAAGAACCUCGACUUGAAGGGUGACCUGUACAUCGGGGGCGUGUCCAAAGAGAUGUACCGAGACCUCCCCAAGCUGGUGCACUCGCGCGAGGGCUUCCAGGGCUGCCUGGCCACCGUGGACCUGAACGGCCGGCUGCCCGACCUGCUGGCGGACGCCCUGGCCACCGUGGGGCAGGUGGAGCGGGGCUGCGAAGUUUCAUUGAUGAAAGCUGACUUGCAAGGUCCCAGCACCACGUGCCAGGAGGACUCGUGCUCCAAUCAGGGCGUCUGCCUGCAGCAGUGGGAGGGCUUCACCUGCGACUGCAGCAUGACCUCGUACGCCGGACCGCUGUGCAACGACGCCGGCACCACGUACAUCUUCGGCCGCGACGGCGGCGUGGUGGUCUACACGUGGCCCCCCAACGAGCGCCCCAGCACCCGGGCCGACCGGUUGGCCCUGGGCUUCAGCACGCAGCAGAAACACGCCGUCCUGCUGCGUGUGGACAGCGCGUCCGGCCUGGGAGACUACCUGCAGCUGCAGAUAGACAAGGGCAACAUCCGCGUGGUGUUCAACGUGGGCACGGACGACAUCAACAUCGAGGAGAGCUCCAAGUUCGUCAACGACGGGAAGUACCACAUCGUGCGCUUCACGCGCAGCGGUGGCAACGCCACGCUGCAGCUGGACGACCUGCCCGUCAUCGAGCGCUACCCCUCAGGCAACAUUGAUAACGAGCGCCUGGCCAUCGCCAGACAGCGAAUCCCCUAUCGGCUCGGUCGAGUAGUUGACGAUUGGCUACUCGACAAAGGGCUGUCCUCCACAUCUCUCCCAUCCGUCUGUCUGUCGGCCCAUCUCCAUGGCAACCAUCCGUCUCCUUCGGCGGCCCCUCAUCUUCGUCUCCAACCUCUCCACGUCCUCCUCUUCCUCUCGGCUCUUCUCCCUCUCUCGUCCACGGCUUCCCUCCGACAUGCUUCACUUUUCCCAUCGUCUCACCACGGCUCGCCGGGUGCCGGAUUGUGUAACACUCAAACUUGUUUUCCCUGUGUGUGCGUGACUGUGUGUUUGCGUGUGUGUCCGCUUUCCAUCCCGGCGUGCCUGCGUCUUUCUGCGCGCGUGUGCGAACGGGUAGGUCGGCAGCUGACCAUCUUCAACAGCCAGACGACGGUGCGCGUGGGCGGCGGCGAGCGACGCGCCGGAAUGUUCCAGGGCCAGCUGUCGGGCUUGUACUACAACGGCCUGCGCAUCCUCAACAUGGCGGCCGAGGGCCACCCGCACAUCCGCGUGGAGGGCAGCGCCCGGCUGGUGGGCGACAUGCCGUCCUCCUCCAUCACGCCGCAGUCCAGCGCCGCCGCCGCCGGCGGGGUCAACCGCUCCGACUCGUCGCCCGCCGGCGGAGACGUGACCGCCACCACCGCCAGCAACAGGAAGCAAGGAGCCACGCAGCAGUCGGCGGACGACAUCCUGGUGGCGUCGGCGGAGUGUCCGAGUGACGACGAAGACAUCGACCCGUGCGAUCCCAGCUCAGCACGUCCCCCCUUGCCCGAGGUGAAAGUGUUCCCAGGCCCGUCGGAGGUGGUGCGCGAGAGCAGCAGCACCACGGGCAUGGUGGUGGGCAUCGUGGCGGCGGCGGCCCUGUGCAUCCUCAUCCUGCUCUACGCCAUGUACAAGUACCGCAACCGCGACGAGGGCUCGUACCACGUGGAUGAAAGCCGCAACUACAUCAGCAACUCUGCCACGCAGCCCAACGGCAGCGCCAAGGACAAGCCGCUGGGCAUCACCAAGCUCUCCAAGAACAAGAAGAACAAGGACAAGGAGUACUACGUCUAACCUUUACGUAUAUAUAUAUAUAUAUAUGUAUAUAUAUAUAUAUAUAUAUAUUCCCAAAAAAACUGAAGGCUCAGUGUACAUAAAUAGGUAUAUUCUCCCCAACAAGAAACACACACACACGGACAUGUUUACACAACAGUACACACAUUCAAGCAGAAACACAAACACGGACUGCUUUAAAGGGACAAAAUGUACAAAACGAGCAGAGCCUCAGUACAAGGCUCCUUUUCUGACGCACCGUGGAGAUAAACGCAUGAAAGCGGCAGGCCACGCCCACCAGCGACAAGUCGGGGAUUCGGCGCUUAAAAAUGUCAGUCGUCCACUUUUGGGAUUUUACAAUCCCUCCGGCCAUCCGGUUUCUAUCGCGCUUGUUGUCAUUAAGGGUCGCAGGUGUGCUGGAGCCUAUCCCCGCUGACUUUGAAUACUGGUCGCCAGCCAAUCACAGCCAGGACACAUUUAGGCAAACAAUUGACGGCUACGGUCGAUAUCGAAUCUUCAGUGAAGCCAACUCCAGAUUCAAACCCAGAACCUGUGGCCUGUGAGGAUGGCAUACUAACCACUAGCCCCCACCGUGCUGCGACUUGUACAAUCCUUCAACGCAAAACGAGGGCGACGUGAAACGAAAUCGGCACGUGCAGUACAGCACAAACGUUGUACUACCAAGGCUGGCCUGUAGAGGCAGCAUGGUGCCACUGAGCAAGGACGAGUACAAGAAGAAACAGAAGAAGCGAGACGAACUGUUAGCUUAUCUGCUAACAACAUUACGGUUGCAAACUGGCAAAGGACUUUAGUGAGAUGUUAUACAAACACUACCAGUUGCUCCUCUAUCUGCUUGCUGAUUGGCUGUCGUUUUUGGUGUUGACCACACACAUAAAGAUUUGUGAUUGUAAAUAUUGAACACAUUUUACAUUUUCAAUAGUGGGCCGUGACUGUUUUCAGAGCAGAUCAGGGAGGGGGAAAAUAAUCACUCAUGACACACACCACAGGAUAAUCGCUCAGGAUCAUCUUUCAGAAACAUCUGGGAAUCCGGCCUUGGCAGACUUUUUAUCAGCAAGGGAGGGAAAGGUGCUCAGCUCUGGCUCGAUUGUCAGAUUGGUGUAGCCAGCCUUACGAGAUUGCGCUGUCGACCACACACAUGUAAGGUUUAGUGAUUAUUACUAUUGAACACGUUUAACAAUUACGAUUUUCCAAGCAGAUCAUUGAGGGGGAAAAAAAUCCUUCUUAACACACCACGCACCACAGGAUAAUCGCUCAGUAUCAUCUUUCAGAGACAUCUGGUAAUCGGGCCUUUGCUGAUUCUGAUUGCAAAGGAUGGAAAAUGCUGUGUGUGUAUGUAGCCCACCUAACUCAAGAAUUUGUGAUUAUAAAUAUUGAACAUUUACGAUUUUCCAAGCAGAUCAAGGAGGAAAAUUCCCUCUUAACACACCACAGGAUAAUUUUUCAAGAUAAUCUUUCAGAGACACCUGAUAAUCUGGCCUCUGAUGACUUUGAUCACAAGUGAGCGGAAUUGGCCCGAUUAUCAAUAUGUGUGUACCCGUUUUCGCUUCGCACCAUGGCAGUAUUGCAGUAAAUAUCGGACCGAGCGCCCUCAGCGCAGCCAUCCUUUGAUGUUCCACACACAUCGUAUUCCAAACAUCACGUUGACGACUGACAUUUUUAUUCCUUUGCGGACAUGAAGCACAUACGGAAAAAAAGUGUGUGUGUGUGUGUGAGUGAGUGAGAGACGGUGUGUAGCGGGAGCACCAAAAACAAAAAAAUCAAAAGCAGCAAGAUGAUCCGAGCCCUUUCGAGUAUCUUCCCAACGACAGCAACAAGAAAAGGAAGAAGCACACGAGCGCCAGGACGGGGAAUCAGGGUGCGGCCGCCAAAGCCGGCGGAUGAUUAGUUUUUGACGGGAAAAGUGGGGGACAUUUGAGCCCUGGCAGACGUCACAUGCUACCUACACACUCAACACGCGAGGACCUGCACUUUCUCCAAAAGACGACAACGAUGAGGAAGAAGUACUGACUCUCUGGGGAGUGGUUUGUCAUUGCACGUGAAAUUCUGGAUUUGUACCGCAGACAUGCGGAGACGCCCUCCGCCAUCUUAGAUUCCAAGAGACAAAAUGUCCACCACGGAGCCUGUGGGGAAAACUUGGGUUGACGCCAUUGGCUCUCGCCUCCUUUUUGUCUUUUUUUGUGCCCCCCAACGCGAUAUACAGUUGUACCUUGACCUACGAGUAUAAUCAUGUGUAUCUCAAGUCAUCUUUCCCCAUUGAAAUGAAUGGAAAUGCCAUUAAUUCGUUCCAAUCCCCCCCAAAAAAUGUUAUAGCGUUUUUUGGGGGGGUUUUUUUGCCAUGAAAAAUAGCUUACAUACAUAAAUUACAUUAGAGAUAAAUAUGUAUUUUAAUAUUAUUCUGAUGUAUUUUAGCAGCAAAUUGAAUUUGAAAUCAGAAGUCCUGGAAAAUAGUGACAACAAAAUAAGUCCUUGUUCGUGAAGUUCAACAGUGGCGGGUAGCACCGCCACUCCCGCUAGCCACUGGUGGGGAAAAAUGUAUGUCAGCAACCCUGUUGACGAAUAUAUUUUGAUCGGGAAAAUGUUCACGCAGCAGAACUAAAGAGAGAAAAAAACAAACCAAAUUUGUGGCUUGUUAAAAUGCUGAGCGGCCUCGUUAACGCCGGGUGAAAAUGUGUCUCGUGAAUUUGACGCACCGCAGACAAGAAGCUCGUCGUCACCGACUCUGCCAAAUAACACGAAGCGAAAAAUCGACAAGAGCGGAAAACUGGCAAGUUGCGUCACUUGUAAGUCAAGGUACGACUUCGUAUCCACUCGUAUAUCGGUGCCAUAACGCGAGUUCUCCAGUUCUUCCACGCGACGCAUGCCGGCAGAACGCGACGAAAAGCAAGUGCGCGCGUGUGCGAGUGCAAGACCACCCCACUGUCCGACCCGUCGUCCUUAUCUUUUUUUUUUUUUUUUCCCCCCCUGCUUCAUAUUCUCCGUAAGGCUUCUCUUCAUCUCUCUUGGUCAUCUUCGACCAUGCUAUGAUUUUCUACAUGUGUACACUUUUUCUACAGUAUUUUGCGUUGAUUUUUAUUGUUACGGUUCUUUGAUGAACAUAAAAAGUGGAAAUUUAUUAUGGGGAAAAAAAAUAGUUUUGAAGAUUAAUGAGUAAAUAAAAUAUUACCCAAGUGA